GAAGACUAGAACAAAGGAGUAUGUGAGUGUUUGGGAAUUAAGGUUAGCUCUAAAGCUCACAUUUAUUUUGUGAGCUGUCUUCGUCAGUUUUCAUUUCACUCCACUACGUAAUCUGGGUCUGCGGUAUAUUCACAGGUUUUCUCAAGACAAAAAUGUGCAGGUCCAAUCAGCGAACAGAGGGAGUAGCUGAGAACGAUGACGUUGAGGUCGCUAGUUUGAGCAUGUCACCUCACGACCAAAUGUUUAUCGAUUGGUUAUGGCAGAUCUGAGAGGCUCUGGGCAGAGUAUCCGCAUUCAAGGAAAUUCAUGCUUGGCAAUAGAAAGUGUCCAGACUCUCUGUACUAGGGGUGUCACGAUACCAAAAAAUCAGUAGUCGGUGCCAAUACCAGUAAAAUUACACGAUUCUCGAUGCCAAAUUCGAUACUAUCGUUAAAAAAAAAGGAUUUUCUAAAAUCCCAUGUACUUAAUGAAUUUCUUUAUUGAAAUAUUUGCAGAAUACUGAAAAAUAAUUUCUAUAACAUACAGAGCAUAACAGAAUACAGUAUCCAAUUGCGAGCAUAUCACAUAGGCUUACACAUAAUUAAUUAAAUCACUUUUCUAAUGGAUUGUAUAAAAGCCAACAACUUGAAUCUCCUUUUUAUCGCUCUGCUUUCAUAUAAUGUGAAUGAUUUUUUUUUACAAGAUGUAAAGUCUUUAUUUGAAACACACAUACAUUCUGUAACUAUUAAUACAUUCUAUAUGAAAUUUCUGAUCUUCAUUAGCAGCAAACUUUAUGCAGAUUAUAGCCUACUAUUCAUAUUACAACUCCACCUCUUAAAUUCAGCUGUCUGGUUGAAGCCUCAACAUUUUGUAAACAAAGUAGCAGGCUAAGCUUAUCAUACUCUGGUUGGACUGUUCAGUUUCCCCACAUGUGUUUAAGUUUCAAGGUAAGCUACUUUUUCUCCUUGGGACAGAACCUUUUAAGUCUUGGAGUUGAAAAACAUUGGUAUUGAGAUGGUCAGUCAACUUGAAUGCAAACUUGAAGAGUUUUAAUGUCUGCAGCAUAGACUAGCUAAUGAUGCUAACCGGAUUUUAAACAGCAAUUUAGCUAGUCGUCUUCUGUGCGUCAUUGCGUUCACGAUUGUGAAUGUUUUAUUUGGAUUAAAUGUGCAUGUCGUGGGCGGGUGUCCAUUGAGCACGUACGACAGCGGGCCAAGGAGAACAAGUUUACUUUUACUUUACUUUUACUGUUUGGUAGUUGCACGUAGGCCUAUAAUCUACAAAAGUUGCAGAAGAACUAUAUGCUUCCACCCGGGCAGCGUCAGGUGCAUCAGUAUGACCACGCUUCCAGGAAUGAUCUGGUUGGUUUUCAUGGAGACAGACGCUGUGUGCACGGAGGGGAGAGGCUGUGUGUGUGUGUGCAUAUGUGUGUGCAUGAGAGACAGACGCGUGAGUGACCGAGAAGGAGAGCAGGGAAAGGAAAUUCAGCUUAACGAAUGUUGCGUGUUUUUCAAUACCUUAAAAAAUAGAUAAGUAAAUGAAAAAAAGUAACGAAACGCAAUAUGUGGCGGCCGGUGCUGAAUCUGUGGCGCAUCACCACAAAUUAGUCUAUGUGUGGGAAACACUGUAUUGCCCCCAUCUGUUCCGGAAGAGUCGCAGCACCGAUGUUUAUGCUGGCGUCGGUGCUUACGGUGCUUCAAAAAAAUAGGCAUCGUCGGUGUUUUUUCAUUUUAGAAUCGAGAGGUAUCGCAAGUAUCGGUUCUCGUGACAUCCCUACUCUGUACAUUAUGAAUGUACGAGAGUAUGGUAGGACCAGGCUACUUCAGCCCAAAGUAAAGUAUUUAGGCCUCUGUCCGCCAAUAAAAAACUAGUAUUUCUUGUAGUUUAUUUUAAAAGUUGGUAUACCAUGAUUAUUGUGGUGGUAUUUUUGUAUUUUCCUUUUACUAAUUACUUGUAUUUUAAUUAAAUACAUUUUUCACAUCCGUAUUUUGUAUUUUAUUUUGUUACAUUUUCUACGCCAGUAUUUUUUGUAACAAAAUAGUUUUUGAUGUAUUUGUGCCCACCUCUGGCUAUAACAUUGCUGCAUUACCAGCAGCGUGUUAGAAAGAUGCAAAACUGGCAUUAGGGCGCUUUAUACACGUAAUACUUCCCUCGAUCAUCACUGACAAGUGCAGAAUAUUUCCGCGAUUGCAUUCACAUGCUGUGGUGGCAACAUUACGGCCAAAUGACUAGGUCAGCAGCAGGAAAAGUUCCGGUAGCAGAUAGCCUAUGGACAUAAGAAUUCAGACAGCACACACACACAAAAAAAACACUGUAAAAAGUCUGUGGUGUGAACAUUGCGAAAAUACACGUCUGUCUGAAAACGGCUUGAGAAACGUCAGUAUGAUGACAAUUAUGCUACCUCAUGUUCGGAUUCAAGUACAGAGAGCGCCCUAGAGAGCGCUGUGGACAAGGAGCUACGCGUGUCUGUCAUCCAUUCCUGCGAGAAUAGAGCAGCUGUAUUCAUCCUUGCAGGCCCAAGUCUCUCACUGAGUUCCUCAUUUUCGUCUUUGAAGCUAUGCCUGUUGUGAAGCCUGCAUCCACCUGGACUUCGGGGUCCCUGAAGGAGCUGAAAACAAAUUUGCAACAAGAGAAGGGUGCUGUCGUGAAAGUUUACCGUGGCAACAUUAUGACAGUGCAUGUCCCCACUGUAGCAGAGUACCAACGUGUAUGUUGGGAGUUUGCCACUGACAGCUAUGACAUUGGCUUUGGUGUAUACUUUGACUGGUCACCAAUCACCAACUGUGCCAUUACUGUUCAUAUUAGUGAGUCCAGUGAUGAUGAAGAUGAAGAGGAGCAAGAAGACCUAGCGAACGUUGCUGAUGUUGAAAAAGGAGGUAAAGUGACUGUCAACACAAACUUGGGAGAGAUUCUGCCAAUGUAUCGACAGGACAGUCACCUUGCAGUCCAAGGUGGCAGCCAUGAAUUUCCUGGGGAGGGCACCUAUCUUCUUAAGUUUGACAACUCUUAUUCACUUUGGAGAAACAAGACUUUGUACUACAGAGUGUACUAUAGUAACUGAAAGUAGAAGCACAAGAUGGUACAGUGGCUUACAAAAAAGUAUGCAAUCCCCCUAAAUGUAAUUACCAUUUCCACAAUGAUAAAAGAUAUUUACACAUGAUUUCAACAUGUAUACUUCAGUACAUUUUGAAGGCAAAAUGCAUGAUUUCUCUGCUAAUGUUCAACCCCAAUGUUUUUGAGUUCAAGAUUUAGACAGAUGGGUGGCACAACUGGCUACAGUGUUACGAUUUUGUCCGCAUGCCCAAGGGGACCCAGGUUCAAGUCCAACUUGUAGUCAUUUCCCAUGUUCAUAAAUUAUACAGCGGUGCCACAUACUUGAUCUAACUGAACACAGUAAAAAAACAAACUUAAAGUAGAGAUUUCCUUUAAAGUAGAGAAGUCCUUUUAGCAAUUAACUCUUGUCCUGUAUAAUGACCAGGACUCAUUGACUGUUAUGUUUACAAAAUAGCUGUGUUUUGUUACUGCCACAGCAUAACACAAAAUUUGCCUUUGAUAAUUGCUUAUUGUGGAUUUAUGGCAGCAUUAAUGAGGUGAAAUGAAAACCAGAAAACCAACUAGUUGUUAUCAGAGAUCAGUGAGGUCAUGUUGUGUACCCUGUCGUAAUAUAUAAAGGUCAAUGUGACCACAUCUACAACGGGGUAAAUAUUGACUGUGUCAAAAAAAAUGUUCACUAAGCAUACUUGCUGUGAGGCUAUUUGUAUGACAUUUUCACCAUACGUUAGUAUUAACUCAGAUAAUCUGCAAAUGCAAAAAAUCCACUGAUAUGAUUGGGCCGAUGGACGAAUCACUGUGAUGCUGCGCCCCAAAACGCCAGACAUGCAGUAAUUCUAUAGACCCUUUCUUUACCAUGGGCUAAUACAUAAAAACUCUCCCUGGAUAUGAAAUUGAGCGUAGAACUGAUGCAUAUGCAGGAUUGUCAGUCAGAGUCCACAAAAAUUAAGCAUUUAUGAUGCAUUUAUUAGAUGUGAAACUACUGGCCUAUUAAAAUAACUCCUGCUUGUGACAUUGUUAUUGUCUUUUUUAUACGUCUUACACUGUAGCCUACAUUGAACUUUAAAAUAUUUAAUGUUUUAGCUGAAAAUAGUCCUAAUGGUUGGGUAUCGAGAAUUGAGAAUCGAUGGGAACCGGGACUAGCUUUCCAAUUCUCCCGGAAUCGUUCAAAAGUUUAAAUUUCAAUUCCUAGUAUCGAUUCCCAGUCCGUGAACCGGAAGAAGAAGCCGCUAAACACCAACGAAGAAGGUGUUUGCAUAACCGAGCUGAGGCAACAAGAAGACGAUUUAUAUUGUAGUUGAAAACAGCCCUGUGAGAAAUUUAUAGUAAAUGUCAUUCAGAAUGACCCUUGGUUAGCUAGCUCAUUUAAAAUAUCCAAACUUUUUUGACCCUGCCUUUUACAAGAAUCGGAAUCGAGAAUCGUUAGGAACCGGAAUCGAAACAAGGAAUCGGAAUCGGAAUCGUUCAAAUUCAAACGAUACCCAACCCUACUAAUGAAUUUGUAUUACAACUAGAGGAAAUUCUUGCAAGUAGUUCUAAUAUUUUUCUGUGGCUACAGCACUGAAGCACCAAAUACGCUUUUGUUCACCGUGUUUUAGGAAAUAAUUUACAGGACCAUCUUUCACUGUAAGGCUGUUUGGAUUUUCUUUAUGUGUGGCUUACCUGAGAUAAUACUGAUGUCUGGUGAAAACGUCAAGCGAAUAGCCUCACUCAAAGUAUACUUAGUGAAAAAAGGUUGACGCAUGCAAUACUAAUUUCUCCCGCUGUAUGUCCCUUUCUUGUUAAUGCAAUAUCUCAAAAUGCCUCAAAGCACAUGGUAUGAACGUUCACUUGGACUAAAAGAUCAACUUGUUAGAUUCCUUCAAACUCAAUAAUCUAUACAUUAUGCCUCGCCACACAAAUGUAUGUUGACCAAAAAUGCUCUGUGGACAAUACCAUUGUGGUAAUUCUAGUUAAUAUUUUUAAAUGUUAUUUUAUUUUAGCUUUAGAAGUGUACUACAGCACUAAAGAUCACAUUGAAAACAAAGAAUGGGAAAAUGAUGGUGGGUUACUGCAAGCCACUGUCAAUGGAUGUAUAUACUGUAUAUUGUGAACAUUUGCUAUCAAUAUGCCAUGUUUUUCUUUUUCAUAUUAAUUAAUACAAAUCACAGUUAAUCACCCUUACCCUUAUAAUUAUUUUUGGAGAACGAAAAAUGGACCACACCAAAUAAUAAUGUACACAAAUGUAUAUCAAGGUUGUAAUGGUAGUUAACAUCAAGUGUUUUUACCCCCUUUAUGGUUGAAUACAUUUACUGUACAUACAUACAGUAAAAUGAAUAAUAUUCAUAUAAGAAAUAUAUCAUUACUGUAAUAAGUGUGUGUGUGUGUGUGUGUGUGUGUGUGUACAUAUAUAUAUAUAUAUAUAUGUGUGUGUGUGUGUGUGUGUGUGUGUGUGUGUGUGUGUGUGUGUGUGUUGGUCAUUCUCAAAACAAACACGCACACACACGUUUUGUAGAAUGGCCACAUAAAUGUCAAGACUUUACCUGAAAUUGACCUCUUGGUGGCCCUGUGUCUGUAUAUUGUCUGUCAUGUAUAGUCAUCGUCUUAUUUUAACGUCUGCUUUUGUUUACAGUAUGUCUGUUAUCAUAUGUUCCUUGCUUUCAAUAGUUUGAUAUUUCAUAUUGCAAAGCGGGCAUAUUCUAACUAUGUGUUCAGACCAAGAGCGACUUGAGCCUCCAAAAUCGCUCUGGACGCCCUGUAAAGGACACUGUGGGAAGCUUGGAUGCUUUGGCCGCUCCUGGCCGCUCUGACGUAGUAGCAUUCUAUGUUUGUUGCUGGACGUUUGGUCGCUGAACCGCGUCAUAGCUCAUUAUCAUAAAGUUAAACCACUUUCAACUUUCUCUAGUCGCUCAAGACGGCCAAAAUGCGACGCCGACGGAUUGGUCGCUGCUGGCAGCUCAGAGAAGCCGGCGUCCAUUGAAAAUGAAUGACUUCCGGAAUCUUUGGAAGCUCAAGUCGCCGGCGGUGUGAACGCAGUUAGACUUCUGUGAAGCAUUAGUUUUGUAGAAUCAAUGGACCUAAGCCUAUUGUGCAAUUGUAAUUAAAAAAAAAAAAAAAAGUAUUUCAGUAAUAUUAAACGAGUUCUUUCUUUCUUUCUACACUUCCGUUGUUUUACCUAUUCUGGCCAUUGCCACCAUCUUGCUAGGACUACUGUGGCAGAAUAAUAGUCAGUGCAUUACAGGGCUGCAGGAGACAUUUUCAAAAUGGGGGAAAUUUCACUAGAUAUAUAUUAGUUGCUCAGACAUUAGUCCGGCGCUGCACUGUGGCGACAAGUGCCUGCAGCAUGUCUGAAAUGUUUGUUUUUGUUUGUGUCAGUGUUUGUUUUAUAGUCUGUAUGUAAGGGUUUUUCAUCACACAAGCCCCGAUCUACACAUUGGAAAAGGUUAGUUUGUUAAGUCAGAAGCGAGUCAACAAAAGUCAAGAUGCGUUCUGCUACGCAGCUUUUGUUUAUCGUCCUGGUGAUCCACCUGUUGCUGUCGACAGUCCUUUCACUGAGUGGGGGAGGCCAUGCAUUUGCCGUUGCCACAGACAUCCACAGCACCGAGGAGGAAAAGAGACCGGCGCGGGGGCAUACGUAGAGUUCGCGCAUGGGGGGAGCAAGCCAUCUCUACCUACGGUCAUCCUGGCUAACACCCGCUCCUUGGUGAAGCAACUUACGGAGCUACGGAACGCUGUGAGGUACCUAGUGGAAAUUCCAGUAGAAAUCCAGUUAAAAAUCCAGUUGAGAUCCAGUAGAAAACCAGUUGGAAACCAUUAGGAAACCAGUAAAAAGUUCAACUGUUUUUUAUUGUUUUUUAUAUGGAAUUUGGAACACUUCUACUGGUGGAAUAACUGGUCUCUACUGGAUUGUAUUGGUUAAGGUCCAGCUAAGCCUACUGGUUGAAUGAACUGGUCUCUACUGGAUUGUAUUGGUUAAGGUUAAGCCUACUGGUUUAAUGAACUGGUGUUAAAUGGUAGGAACUGGUUUAAGAAUAUUAUAUUUUUCAACUGGUGUGAAUUGGUCUGUAAUGGUUUUAACUGGUGACAACAGGUUUGUACUUAAGAAAAACAAAAAUAGAUAUGACUCGGCUUAAAACAACUGUACAUACAACUGUUUUCACUUACCAACUUUUUCUUUUUUUUAAUGUGCAAUUCUAUUGUCAUACUAGGCUAUUAUAUUGACUCCCAGAGCAAUUAACAAAGAACAUGACAUUUUAAAUGAUUAAGGCAGUUUUUUUUUUUUUCGGUUAAGGUCCAUGAUUUUUUCUGAGAUGAACACUCCAAUUUUCUUGUGGCACACAGCCACCUCAGCUUCUCCUGCGCCGUUGUUCUUUAGCCAUCCCUUGAAGGUGUCUGGAAAAAAAACAACAACAAAGAGAUAUCAGAAACAAUUCAUGUACAUUUUUGUUGUGUUUGGCUGUAUUUUGUUCUCUGUUAAGCAGGAAUAAAUUGAAAUACCUACCCUUUACUGCCUGAUAUUUAUCAGGAGUGAGAGGAGGUUUUG